AGUACUUAGUCAGUUUGUUGACAUCAUUUACACUUGUUAAAGACUACAUUGAGUUGGAGAUAGAUCAGACAAUCUUUCAUCAUACAAACACGCGUUCUAUUUUUGUGAUGAUAGAUGAUAUAAUGGAUUUGAUGACGAUGAAUUGCCUUGACGUCUCAAUCAUACAAGUGUUUAUAUUAUAUCUUAAUUGGUUGUGCAAUCAUAUUCAAGUCACGUCAAUCGGGUUUGUCUGUCCGACUCAGAUUUCAAAAGAUAUGGUUAUACAGAAUGCUCCCGCUGUUACGUCAUAUUUCAUUCACGUCAUGACGCGACACAAAGAUAAACAAUUUAUUUUAGCACCAUAUCAUCAAGAAUAUCAUUGGUUACUUUUGGUGAUUUGCAUACGCUCAAAAACCGUAUAUGUCUUGGAUCCAUUGCCAUGUAAUCGCACCAUUAAAAUUAAAGUUAAUCUGAAUAUGGCAUUUCGCUUGGCUUAUAGCCAUGUUAGGAACAUCAAUUGGAAGCAUUGCAAAUGCCCUGAACAACCGGGAGUUGUUGAGUGUGGAUAUUAUGUCAUGCGAUACAUGUUUGAUAUCGUGAAAAAAUAUUCCUCCGUUAAUUGUUUGGAUGAGGCAUUUGAAAGCAAUAAUACGUACUCUAUCAACGACAUAAAUGAGAUUCAAGAGUUAUGGGCAAAAUACUUCAUGGAAGAGUGCGUGUAACUUUUGAUUUAGAAUAAAUAUUAUCUUAUCUUGAUAAUUUAUUAUUGUGUUAAAGGUAUUUGAUUGAUAUAAAAAAUUGUGUUGACGAUAUUAUUGUGUUAAAAGUGUAUUGAUAAUAUUGUU